GAACGUGACUGCGUUAAUGGAACGAAUGGCAAGAAGCAGUGAGGUUCAUUUAUUUAUUUUUAUUUGCAAAGAUAUGCGAAAGCUGAGUUUUCAGUCGUGAUGCUGAGAGACAUUGUUGUAAAUCAACAACCUCGAGCGAGAGGAAAUUGACUUUCGACGGACAGGCGCAAACUCUUCUCAGCGUCAAAGACUGAUGGUUAUCGCUACAGAGCAGGUUCCCGUGGCUGGGCUGAGGAGGGAUGCUCUUGGGGGAGUGCAGUAGUACCAGUAGGUUGCUGGAGGCUCUGUGUGGCAGGAGAAGGGUGGUGGUGUCGGCCAUGAAGCUGCCCUGCUCCUUCUACUGUUCCCUCUGGUUCCUCCUGCUCCUGGGGGCCGCGUCCUUACUCCUCCUAGUCCACCUCCAGGGCCUCUCAGACAUGCUCCAGCAACAGACCCCAGGUGCGAAGUUCAUGGUUGCUCCAAGGUGGCCAAUUCAAAAGGAUCAGCCCUCAGACAGUGCAGUCGUUGAGGGCAUCAACCUAGGUGGAGGUUUCCAUGGAGCUCCAGGGGAAGAGAUAUCCUCUAACCCCAGCCUCCCUAGUCCUAGCCCCAGACAGCCCCCUUCCUUACAGUGGCUGCCCCACUCAUCCACCCCAACUUCCGGAGACCAACAAGCCGAAAGCCCCAGGCCACCGGUCACUAAACGCCACAGGAAGCUGCUGUUAAAGAGCGGUUCUGUAAUUCCUAGUGGUGCCCCCCCUGGUGAGGAGGACCGUCAGUUACAGGGCAUGGCUCAUACCCAAGUGUCCCGCCACCACCUGCUGAGGGAGGUCUGCACCAAAUACCAGCCGGGCGUCACCGAGCACCCCGUCUCCAGCCGGCAGGUGUCCCGCGUCUACGUGGAGGAUAGGUCGGGCCUGCUGUACUGUGAGGUGCCCAAAGCUGGCUGCUCCAACUGGAAGCGGGUGCUGAUGGUCCUGGGAGGCAGUGCCACCUCCACGCACGGCAUCGCCCACAACGACGCCCACUAUGCCAACCAACUCCAUCGACUGGACGCCUACAGCCAGGCGGGCGUGGCCGAGCGCCUCCGCUCUUACACCAAGGUCCUCUUCGUACGGGAGCCUUUCGAGAGGCUGGUGUCGGCCUUCCGUGACAAGUUCGAGAGCCCCAACUCGUACUACCACCCGGUGUUUGGCCGGCCCAUCAUCUCCCGGUACCGGGCCAACGCCUCGCUUUCUGCCCUAAGGACCGGCGCCGGGGUCACCUUCAGGGAGUUUGUCCAGUACCUGUUGGAUGUGAGGCGACCCGUGGGCAUGGACAUCCACUGGACGCCGGUCAGCCAGCUAUGCAGCCCCUGCCAGCUGCACUACGACUUCAUCGGGAAAUUCGAGAGCCUGAAGGAGGAGGCCAACUUCCUGCUACGGAGCAUCGGGGCACCUAGCAACCUCACUUUCCCUGACUUUAAAGACAGGAACCCCAAAGCAGAAAGGACUUCCUCCACCAUUACCCAGAGAUAUUUUGAACAGUUGAACGCCACGGAGAGACAGAGGGCCUAUGACUUUUAUUACAUGGAUUAUCUGAUGUUUAAAUACCCCAAACCCUAUAAAGACCUGUACUGAAGGACAGGCUGGAUUGACAUGUUUAGAUGAUUAAUUUAAGAUUAUAAAUAUGAACACUACAGAAGAGAUUAUUAUCCUGUGGGACUUGAAUAAGCACUACAGAUACAUUGAUGUAAAGUAUUCUACGUGUCUUAUUUAUAUCUGGUUACAAUUAUGAUUUGAUGUGAUUACUUUGAGCAUAGGUUGUACAGCUUUUGAUCAUAACACUUUGUAUAGUGUGCAAACUGAUGUGCUUUCUUUGUAAAAUGCACUUUUAUUGAUUGGCAGACAUAGCCUACAUACAACAUCCUCUCAACAAUCAACAAGAUAUUGCUCUCAAUCAACAGCAUAAUGACUUCUAUGAAGUGACCUAUACUCUGAGUGAAGACUUUAUCAUCUGUUCAUUUUCUUCUUUUUUUCAGCCUUGUUAUAUGAAGGUAUACUUGUCAUUUUGGGUCACCGUCAAUCAUGUGACUAUUAAAAUGGAAAACGUGUCUUGUUAUUCUGCAGACUUUUAUAAAAAGAAGGAAAAGAAGAAAAAAAAGGGGGAAAAAGCUAUAAUCUCCCAAAGCAAAGACUAGUGUUUGCAGAUACUGUAGCAGAUUUCAGUUACUGAAAUCCUACAUUGCCUACUGAUGAGAAGUACCAUGUGUCUUAGACCAUUUUAAUAUCAUUCAAUUUGAUUUCAAAACAACAUUUGCUCUUGAGGUAUUUUUUUUCUAUUUUACAUACAGAACAUACAAUAAACUUGUUACAGAACGUACCUCAAGGCGGAAGGUAGCCUAGCGGUUAAGAGCGUUGGGCCAGUAACUGAAAGGUCGUUGGUGCAAAUCCCGAGCCAAUUAGGUGAAAGAUCUGCCGAUGUUCCCUUGAGCAGGACCCGUAACACUAAUCGCUCCUGUAAGUCUUUCUGGAUAAGAUGAGUCUUUCUGCUAAAUGAAAACAAACUAAGGGACAGGAAACACAUGAAAUAAGGGACAGUAAAAGUAUAUCAAUGUCAGUUGGUAGCUGAGUUGGUAGAGCAUGGCGCUGCCAGGGUUGUGGGUUCGAUUCCCACAGGGGACCAGUACGAAAAAAGUAUCAAAAUGUAUGCACUCACUAAUGUAAGUCACUCUGGAUAAGAGUGUCUGCUAAAUUACUCAAAUGUAAAAUAUUGCCUUUCAGAUACAACUGUGGGUUCAUGAUCUUUGAUUCUGUAAUGUACAAUAGGGUUUUUGGGUAACUGUAUGGGCCUCAUGUUACAAUACUAAUGAUUACACUGUAAAGAGUGAAUGUAUUGUUUUACAUGUCUGUGCAGAAGUGUUCUAUCUACAAACACGAUUUCAAUCCCCCAGCCUUAACACUGCCAAUUUUGCUAAUUUUGUUUGGGUUUUCAUUUGUUUGGGUUUUGAAGCACCAUUACCAUUAAUAGAUGUUUUAUCAAGCCUUUACUAAUUAAACAAAAAUAUUUCUCUUUUCUUUUUCCACAUCUGGUUUUAGGAAAAGUGACAAAAGUGUUACAAAGAACCCUUUUGGAACCCUUUUUUCUAAGAGUGUAGAACAAUAACUAUUAAAUGGGAAAUGUUUUACAUUGUUCAAGCUAAAAAUAAUUUCCUAACAGACACAAUAAAGUCAUUAUCAAGCAUCA